UUGGAUUAACCAGAGAGACUAAUCCGCAAAUAUUCCAGUGUGGGUUAUGAUAUAUUCAUGCAUCUAAGCGUUGUUGAGAUAUUAUCAUAAUGCACCGCUAGAAAAUGACACAGUCGUUAUGGAGGCAACUCAGGCUUUUUCUCUGCGACAUAGAGAUUUGAUUUUUAUAUUUAUUGGAAUUAUUUUGAUUGGUUUUAUAUGUUUCUAUGAGUGGGACGGCGAAGUGACGGGGUGCACUGUCAUCCACAAUGCGGUGCUUUCAGACGAUAGGAUUUCUCAGGCGAACUUGGACGAAUUUCAGGUUAUGUCAAGGAUCCUCGAAAGUGAUUCAGAUUUGUCCUCUUUGAUACCGCUGCUGUCUUUAAAAUUCAACAAUGGAACUCAAUCCGACGACAAAAAACAGUGCAAACCAAAAACAAAGAUAGUCAGUAUAAAAAUUCACAAAACUGGCUCUACAACAUUAUCUGCUGUAGUCCUCAGAUAUGCCUACAGAAAUCGCCUAAGAGUAGCUAUCUCGUCUAGUGACUCGAAAAGCGGGAUUCUGCGAGACCAACAUGAUCGUCUGCCUCUGAAAGCAAACGAAGUGUGGGCAACACACGGCAGAUACAGACCAGAGAUUCUCCGUCAAUUUACCACCGAAGAAACAUUUUUCGUCACAACGGUCAGAGAACCCUUUGAAAGAUUUAAAUCUCAUUUUAAUUUUUUUCACAUGGGUAAUGUGUUACGGCAAAAUGGGGACAGUACACUGAGAGAUUACUUUACCAAACCAAUGUACUCAAAAUCCAGAGACCUUAUGAGCAACUAUAUGUUAAAAUACCUUGGGUUUCCAAACAACAAGACUCUUUUGUCGGACAGUAACUAUGUCAGUGACUAUAUUCGUAAAUUGGACGCAGAAUUCCAUCUUUUAAUCCCACUUGAAUACUUCGACCAAGGACUGAUUUUGACUCGAAGAAUGCUGUGCUGGGACAUAUCUGACAUCAUAUACCUUAAAUUACGACCACAAACGUCUGAUACCUACAGCUCUCUUCUACAAGACAAUGACCCACUUGUAACUCAACUAUUCCAAGAAGCAAACAGUGCAGAUUACAUGCUAUACAAUCAUUUUAAAUCUAAAUUUGAAAACAUUAUGAAUGACCAAGAUGGCGAUUUCUAUGACGAGCUUAGUUAUUUUAAGAACCUUUUGUUUCAGGUCGGUCAGUAUUGCCAAUAUAAUAAAAACGACACCUCCCUCCGUGUGGCACCGUCAAAAUGGUCACCGGCGUUCACACUUAACAGAUUACAUUGCAAAUAUAUGGAAAUAUACACUACCCAUUUUAAAGUACUAUUUAAAAUGGAGUAUUACAAACGGGUCUUUGCUAAAUAUUUUGAAUCUCUUUUAUCGUAGAUGCUACAUGUAAAUCGCAGUCGAAAAUCAUUUACUAAAAGGCAAAUUAGUCCAUAACUCUACUGAAUCCGUGCAUUUAACGGCAUGUUUUCACAUUGGCCUCGUAAAAACGCUGAAGUUUCCCUAUUCAUAAAUAUAUCUGAGCAAGAUCUGGGUCUUUGGCUGAAUGGUGCCUAAGCUUUCAGUUCAGUUUACCAACCUGACUCAGAAAUACCCUGUGAACUGUGUACAUAUAUGGUGCCUUGAAUAUGUAUGUACAGGCAUGUUAAAAGUAAGUUGCUUUAACAGUUAACGUGUAAAUUUAAUAUGGAUUUGUGAGUUAUUUUCGCACAAAUAAAUGCGGUUCUACAAGAUAAUGGCCGUGUUGUUUUGCUGUCAACUCAAUCUCAUAGACUUAGUUUAUGAUAUUUCAAGGAACGUCAUAACAUAAUCAUAAUUUUGGUAUUUCACUUAUUAACAAAUAUGAAUAGUCCAAACAGAAGAAUAGUUCAUAGACGAUAAUAUCUUGAACACUGUCUUAUUUUUAUGUCAUCUCGUGUUCUUGUUCAUUCGACACUGCAGAAUGUAGUCAUACGUGUAUAUAAUAACGUUAUAUGUCACUUUAAGCCUAUAAAAGCUGAUCAACACAAAAUUAUAUCAAAUUUGAACAUUUAUAUUAAGAAAAUACGCCUCAUGACAGAUUUCAAUGAUGAGAUUGAAUUUAUAAAAAUGAUAUCUAAAAUUUGUAGUAAAAGGUGUCGAUUUUAAGUUAUAGAAAAUCAGAAUAACACGAUAAAUCUGCCGCUAUGAAUGGUUAUUUUAAAGUAUCAUUGAAAAUAUCAGUUAUGUGGACAUAUUUAUGAACAAUUUUGAACUGAAAGUACAUUUAUAUGAAAGAAAGAUAAAAUACAAAUUAGAAAUCAUAUGAAACACGCUUAAAAAACUUAUUCCAAUGAAUACAUAUGGUAUACAUGUAUGCCUAUGUUGUUUCCUUUGUAUUAUUUAUUAUUUCAUUUUUAUCUCAUCGCACUAUAUUUACAGUUUAUGUUUUGCGUAUCUACCUUUGCAAUUAUAGUAAUUACUAAUAUUUCUUAUUCAGUUAUAAAUACUAGGUUUUUAUUUGUGUGUCUGGAAUUAUGUACUGUAUAUUUUUAUCCCUUUUGUAAUUAGUUAAUCAUUUUGGAUAUUUUCACUGUUGUUUAGUUACGGCUAAUAUAUAUGAUUAUAUUUCUGUGUUUUUUUUUCGCUUUGUGUUUACAAUAAGUAAAUUAUUUCAUUCAAGUUAGCUGUGAAAUUUACCAAUAUUCUAAGUACGAGCGUAUAUUGACCCCAUUUACAAUUCCUGUGGUGAAAGGGCAAGAGAGAGAGAGAGAGAGA